AUGCAAGUGAUACUCUGCAUCUCAAGUACACUCUUUGCCAUCGGGCAGAUUAUUCAUAUGCUGCCCAGGCAAAUGAACUAUAAGCAAGUUCUGUGGGUUCUUCCACUUCUUAUCGUGGUUUCGUACAUACAGAAUACUGUCGCCAUUAAUUCGCUAAAGUCCGCGGCUCAGCUAAGCUUCGAUGGUUCUCUCAGUCACCCAGUCGAGGCCAUCAUAAAUAGCGCCAAGGAAGGUUUCGAUAAUAUGAAGCGAAUGCAGUCUCAAAGCUACGUUGUUGCUCAUGACGAAUAUAUUCGUCGAUAUGGGGUGGAACCUCCACCUGGUUUUGAAGCAUGGUACAAGUUUGCUGUGUCGAACAACUCUCCAAUCAUUGAUGAAUUCGACACGAUGACCAAGAAUAUUUUACCUUUUCUGAAAUUGAGUGGCAAAGACAUCUUGGAGACCAUGAGCGCUUUACAAGAUGACGCGCGCAGCGAAACAUGGGACUGCACGUUUAGUGCUCGAGAAGCUCAGACUUCGUGUACUCAUCCCUAUCGCUCCUGGGAUAGACACAUUUCAUGGAUGUUCGAUACAUUACUGGGAGACCUGCAGCUUGAUCUGCCAAGUAUAAGAUUCUUUGUGAAUCACUUGGAUGAACCAAGAGUCGUUAUCCCACCACAAUUAACAACAGCAAAACAAUAUCAAGACCAACGUUUCAACAUAACGAACUUGUCUCAUCAGCCCGUCUACAAAACCAUUGUUCAACCAUGCGAAUCACACAAGAAUAGAUACGAGAUCGAUAAAGGCGACGCUUUAACUUUCGGUUUACCUUUCGUCACCAACUCUAGCUCAGCAAUAGAUUUGUGCCAACACCCCGAAUACGAGACACAACACGGCCUUAUCAUGAGCCCGGUAUCUUUUAACCUGAUCGAAGGGCUAGUACCUGUUCUAUCGACAGGUACUCUCUCAACUAUGGCCGACAUACUAUAUCCCAGUCCUGCCUACCUGGAAUCCGAAUUCCAAUACGAGAAAAGCUAUGAUAUCCCUUGGGAUGACAAAGCCAACAAACUCUAUUGGGCUGGUUCAACAACAGGAGGUUUUGCCACAGACGACAAUUGGCGAAACUACCAUAGGCAACGAUUUAUUACGCUGGGCCAGAACUUGGGUUACGGACAGCAUUCUUACCUGCAAAAGAGCGGUGGAUACAUUCAACGAAUAAAAUCUUCCAUUUUGGAUCGGAGGCUAUUCGAUGUUUCUUUCACCCGAAUCUUUCAGUGCACUUGGAAACAAUGCAAAAGCCAACGCAACUUUUUCAGUCCGAAAUCAUGGGCUCAUAAGGACGCAGCAUUACGAUCAAAGCUUGUGUUCGAUAUUGACGGAAACGGCAUUAGCGGACGAUAUUAUAAACUCUUGGCGUCUAAAUCAACACCGUUAAAGCAGACUCUUUUGAAAGAGUGGCAUGAUGACCGCCUUAUCCCAUGGGUUCAUUAUGUCCCCGUGAGCCAAAGCAUGGAUGAGCUUCCCGAGCUAGUGCUUUAUCUUACAUCGACUCAACGAGGGCAACAAAGAGCUCAAGAAAUUGCAGAGCAAGGCCAUGAGUGGUUUCGCAAGGCUUUCAGGACUGUGGAUUUUAGUAUUUAUACAUACCGUUUGCUACUGGAGCUGGCAAGACUGCAAGAUCCUGCAAGGGAUGCUAUUAAAGUUAAUGCACCACUAUGA